GACGAUGCAUGAUCACGUGACCUCUCCUGAACCCGGAAAAGUGUUUGUCAGACGGUGAGAUCAAAACAAAAUAAAAACGAGCUCGUCGGAGAGGUUAAAGUUAGAUUUACUUCAUUCCACUGGGUUCAUAUUCGUCUGGAGAUGGACGAUACACUCUUCCAGUUAAAGUUUACCUCCAAGCAACUGGAGCGACUGGCCAAAAAGGCAGAGAAGGAAUCUGAAAAGGAACAAGCCAAAGUCAAGAAGGCUCUGCAGCAGAAAAAUGUGGACUGUGCCCGAGUGUAUGCAGAGAAUGCCAUCCGGAAAAAAAACGAAGGCAUUAAUUGGCUGCGCAUGGCGUCUCGAGUCGACGCGGUGGCCUCUAAAGUUCAGACCGCCGUCACCAUGAAGGGAGUGACCAAAAACAUGGGCCAGGUGACGAAAGCAUUGGACAAAGCUCUGGGUUCCAUGGACCUGCAGAAGGUUUCAGCAGUUAUGGAUAAAUUUGAAACCCAGGUCCAGAACCUGGAUGUCCACACCUCAGUGAUGGAGGACUCCAUGAGCUCAGCCACGACCCUGACCACGCCACAGGAUCAGGUGGAUGACCUGAUCCACCAGAUAGCGGAGGAGAGCGGCCUGGAGGUGAUGGACCAGCUGAACCAGCUGCCGGAGGGGGCCACCUCAGUGGGCGCAGAGAGCGCACGAAGCCAGGACAAAGAGGACCAGCUGUCCAGACGAUUGGCUGCUCUGCGGAACUGAAGCGACAGUUUUCCAGCUGCGAGGAAACAGACGAGCCUCACGGCAGCAACAGGAGCUGAGUGUGUUUCUAUUGAACUGUUCCUACCGGGAGGACUUAAUGAGCCUAUUGAUUACCAUCCCUACCCCCAGCCCACCCCACCCCCCAGCCCCCUGCUCUAUAAAUACUCACACACCAACUAGAAAUAUCACCUGAGAAGACACCAAUCUGUCUGUCUCUCUUUUUGGUUCACCUUCCCUUUUCCAUCCAUCUCUACUCGUGUUUCUAUCCUCCCUCUAAUUCCCUAUUGGAUCUUAUUUUACCUCCAUUUGGUUUCUUUCUUUUUUUCCCUCCUUUUUUGCGCCUCCUUUCCGAGAUCACACAUUUGUGGGUGUAGACAGAAAUUUAACAAACUGUAUAAAGCAAUGUAAUGGAAACGAAAAAGCAGAAUAUAAUGUAUAAAGGAUUUGUGUUUUCCCUGUUUGGGUGAAACAUGUUCAUAUAUGUGUCAUUGUACGUCUGUUUUCAUCCUACUGUCAGAAACCACUCAGUUGGAUGAUUCUGGAUUCUGCCCGUUCUUUUCAUGCUAAACACUAACGUCAUCAUAAACUGCUAUUUCCAGUUUCAUCUAAGCUGCGAGGUUUUCCCGACACUGUACACGACUAAAGGACAAUCUUAUGGAAGCUCAUUUCUGCCACAGUGGUGGAUAAAAAGGAACCUGUAAGUCUAAAUAUAGAGAAACACUAUAUGGACAAAAGUAUGUGGACACAUUGAAUUCAGGUGUUUUUCUUUUCUAACAGGGGUCUGGGA